GGAUGACCUAAUAGAGCGUGCGCGGUUUGUCAGCUUUUUAUCAUCCUCCAGCAGCAUCCUCGCGCGGAGGAGGGAGGACGGCACGAUGGAGCGGAUGGAGUCCAUGGAGCCGAUCUCGGCGUACUAUAAAACGGAUUACCCGGAGAUCCAUCCCGAAUCCGGAUCCAGAGAGACCACCGAGAGCCAGGCAAAAACUCCCCCAGCCCCGACAUAUGACGAGGAGUUGGUGCACAAGACAAUCCUGGUAGGGGACAGUGGUGUGGGGAAAACUUCUCUGCUGGUGCAGUUUGAUCAGGGCAAGUUCAUCCCUGGCUCCUUCUCUGCUACAGUGGGCAUUGGAUUCACGAAUAAAGUCAUAGCUGUGGACAACGUAAACAUCAAACUACAGAUUUGGGACACAGCGGGACAGGAGAGAUUUAGAAGUGUGACACAUGCUUAUUACAGAGAUGCACACGCUUUGCUUCUUUUAUAUGACAUCACCAGCAAAUCAUCCUUUGACAACAUUAGGGCAUGGCUAACAGAGAUCCAUGAGUAUGCACAAAGUGAUGUAGUCAUCAUGUUGCUUGGAAACAAGGCUGACAUGAGCAGUGACCGAGCAAUUAGAAGAGAUGAAGGAGAGAGACUGGCCAGAGAAUAUUCGGUUCCCUUCAUGGAGACGAGUGCCAAAACGGGAGUCAACGUAGACCUGGCCUUCACUGCUGUGGCCAAGGAACUGAAGCACCGGGCUGUCCAGCACCAGCACCCCAACCAACCCAAGUUCCAGAUUCACGAUUAUAUUGAAGCACAAAGAGAGAAGUCAGGCUGCUGUAGCUACUUCUAAAUCUUAGCUGCAGAAUCGUCCUCCCACCACUCAGGUGAACAGACUGUCAGAGACACACCGAGAGCUGCUGAGUGAGACGAAGCCCUGUUACUCACUGCUGCUACCAAGAUAUUACACUGCCAUUCAUUCGAAACCACAAGCCAUAAGUGCAUCUCUCAAUGAAGAAGGACAAACCAAACUUUAGACUCACACAAGCAACAGUUUAAGUAUGAACAAUUUUUCCAACUCUUUAGGCAUCUUAAAAUCACUGAUGAUUUUAAAUUUUGAUCUAUAGUAAAACUAGUUAACUCUAUUAGAAAACAGCAUUAUGCAUUUUCUUGAGAUGAUUACAUCAAUACCACUCUCAUGCUUUUGUGAUAAAUAUGAUGUUGGAGUCAAUGCAUGGUUAGUCUAGGUUAGCAUAAAGAGCAGAGGCAGCAGUUCUGUCCAAACAGUCUCAGAGCUCACUCAUUAACACAGAGUGCAUGUGUACAUUUGUUUAAUCCACGGACAAACAGAAAUACAACACAAUCAAGAGUCCACAGACACUAUAGUGACCUUGGCUAGCAUGUUUACAAGAGGCUGUUUUCCACUGCAGGAACUUUUGGGUUGUUUUCAGAGUGGCCCAAAUGUUUGUUCAGAUUUUGAGAAAAAGUACCUAGUUCAGGAUAGACCCUGAAAAACUGCUAUGAAGGUCUCAAAGUUGAUUGUUUAAAAUCGGGGAGGAAAAUAAGUUCCAUUUCUUCUGCCAUCUUGCUGCCCUGUCACUCCAACAUCUACAGCAACAACAAAAAAAAUCACUAUAUUGGCAAACAUCACCUGUAUCUAUGUAAACAGAUUGCAGAUUUGGAAAAAUGCUUUAUGUUUGUAUUUUUUAUUUUUUAUUUUGCAGUGCCACAAAAAAAUGGUAAAAGAUUGAGGCAGGACAUGGUGUGGGCAUUUACAGGAAGGUAUUUGGUCAUAAACAAUAUAUGAACCAAGAAUAAGUACUUUUUUAAAUACAGACCUUUAGUUUUGAAGGUUUUUGAUCAGAAACCAAAGUAUAGAUAUUUUCACAGCAAAGAAUUUAUAUACACUAACUUCUCUUUGCUUAGCUUAUCAUUGUGAAUGAAGCUCCAUACUAUACACAAAGACAUACAAUUGAUAUCAAUCUUUUCAUCUUAUUUUUAGAAAAAAAAAAGUGAAUUAGCUUACUACCCAAAAUAUUUAACUUUUCAGUGAUUAAAUUCUGUAAUUCAUGAAAAUGUUUUACCUGUUAUUUAAAUUAUUGCUGACUGGAGAACAAGGAUGUUACCAACAGACCUGUUUGCCAAAGUGCUAGAUAUUGUAGAUGUUAGGGACACCACGCAUCACUGACAAAAGCCAGAAGACAACACAGACUCAUGGCAAAUUUGUAAAAUUAGAUUUGCACUAAAAUGUAACCAUUGCUGCAACCUUAUGUAUCACACAAUUGCUCCAGACAGAGGCCAAACAUUGUGUCAUGGAUACAAUUCAAAGCCAAGCACGUGGAUAAAAGCCCGUUCUGUUUCGGACUUAAACUGGAUAACUCCUGACUUGGUAUUCUUGAGAAGUCAGAGUCGACUGCUGGUGAAAGUGAGCUGAUUCAGGAAAUGCUCAGGGACACAUCUGAUGGAAAAAAAGAAGACUGCUGGACAUCUGUACUUGUGGCCAUGUAGAAGAAUAGACCCAUGAAGUGUGCCUCUAGAGGAGGAAUCCUGUAUAAGACCAACACAACUUGAGUCACUUGACAUUGAACUGUGAUUGAAUUUCUAAUUUUGUCAGUCAUUUAGGGAACACCUAUGUACAUUUGUGCAUUUAUGAGUGCAGUGAACACAUUUAUGAGAAAAUGUUUGACAUGUAUGAUGAUGCUGAAAAAGCUUACAUUUUGUCCUAAUGCCCUGAUUGUGAACUUUAAUUUAAAGCAGCUCAGUUGCAUGCUGGAUUGCAUGUGUUCUAUCUGUGUGCAACUCCUUACAGAAUAUAUCUAAGUCUUUAUAUCUGCAUCAGAAAGAAUAUAAGAAGAUGAAUAAGUAAUGCACAUAUGUAAUCAAAUCUUAACUCAAUGGUCAUGGUUAAGUUUGGUUUUGGAAAUACAACAUCAGGUAUAGAAUAUCUAGUAAGUCCACAUCACCACAUUAAUCGAUUUUUUAAAUAUGUUUGUGGUCACUUUGGGGAGGAAAACAAGCCGUAAAAAUGCACAGCGUGUCUUGCUUACAGCAUUUAUUGCUUAAAAAUUGCUUUGGAAAAUGUGUCAGCAAACAGUUACAUGAGAUGUAUAAGCAUUAAUAUUAAGUCAGCACUCAAGCUAAAUGCUACACAGUUUUCACCAGAUUUUUACUAACUUUGUUGGGACAUUUUGUCUCUAUGUUAGCAAAAGAUUUGUACAUGAGAUGAGACUAAUGAUAAUAGAACAAUACAGUAGAGCUGUGUGCUAGACGACCAAAACAAUGAGCUUAAAGAUGGAAAAAUGCUACACAAGGUCAAGGUUUGGUGACAUUUUCUCAAUUAUACAUCUUCCUUUGAUCAAUUUCUAAUUUCUAAAUAUUGAUAAGUUCAGUUUAAAAGGAAUAAUAAUGUCAAGCAAAAGCUCUGUGUUACUGUAUGACAAGAAAGUUCAUGAAUUUGUAUUGAUUACAGUAUGCAAUGCUUUUCUGCAGAGAUGUCGAAAUGGCCCAUGACUGUGUGUAUGCUGGGUCUGAUGUGGUUAAUAACCUAAAAUGAUCCAGAUUGUGACCAGUAGGCCUUGUGUGUACGAAGCAGCUGUUUGUUUGUUUUUUGGUCAACCAUGCUGCAAAAAGUUGUAUUUGAUGUGUCCAAUGCUGCAUAAAAAAUAAAUUAUUUUUCACAAAGCA